CAGCCUUGAAGCGCUGAAAUCUUGCACAGCGCUCAUACUGAGAGGGGACGCGCCAACUAGCACUAGGAAGCACUGGUUUAAAGGCAAAAGAUAGGAGAAGAAAAAAAAUUACUCGCAGAAAACAGUGUAGUUAUUUUUUCCUGGAUUUGUGGAGUUCUUCAACGUGAAGAGGGAUUGGCAUUUUGCUGAUAACAACCCAAAGAGGAAUGAAUGCAUGCAUUUUGCAAGAAAGCAAUGAAGAGCGCAGUGUAUUUAAACGUGCUCUUCAGGUAAUGUAGUCUGAAGUGGCAUACUGUUUUGAAGAAAAUAAACUAACUUUGGAGAGUUUUUGUUCUGUUUGUUUCAAAGCGACAUGACUUUGCAUGGGGAGCUCUGUGAAGAAACACAUCCAGUUCCGUCGCCGCUUCUCGGUCUGUAGCCAGUUCCGUGGCCGCUUCUCGGUCGAUUUCGGCAGAAUCUGGACGUUUUUGAAAGACGGUAUUAAAUUGCCAAGUCGAGUGAGUGAUACCGAAUAUUCCUGUUGACACCUGUUUCGGCAUCAAUAUUCAAUUGGAAUGCUGCUGCGUCCUACAGAUGUCACAGGAUAACAAAGGAAACAAGUCAAGAUCCGAAAGGAAAAACAUGCACCCUCUUACCCCAUGGAGACAUGGCAUAUAGGUUCCUUAGCAGCCGAGUCGUGCCAUCUUCAAGCAGGCUAACCAGAAGAUUCCUUUUCAUCUUCACGCUUUCUCUGUCGUUCACCUAUUUAUGUUACAGCCUCAUAUUUUGCUCUGACACCACCAUGCAAAGCCCGAGUUAUGAGCAACACAGGUGCCUGCUGUUCCAGAAUGUGGGGGGUAAAAAACUUCUUCAGAAGUCCCACUACUGCACGAUGACUCGGGGGGACCCGAAAGGGAUGCGGGAUGCCACCUCGAACAUGGGUUUGACUCACAGGGAACCAAGCCCGCCCCGGAACCAAAGCAAACAUUCUGCAGCGUUCCUGAACACCGCGCAGAGUACUGGUGCCCGGGAUCAGAAAACCAGUAACAACAAUGGCACCCCAAAAUUUGGGAACAAGAAGUUGCCCAAUGCCAUUAUUGUUGGGGUGAAGAAAGGGGGCACGCGGGCUGUACUGGAGUUCAUCAGAGUCCACCCAGAUGUGCGGGCAAUGGGCACAGAACCGCAUUUCUUUGACAGGAACUUUGAAAAGGGAUUAGAUUGGUACAGGAGUCUAAUGCCCCGGACUCUCGACACCCAGAUCACCAUGGAGAAGACCCCCAGCUACUUUGUCACCAAGGAGGCCCCCAAGCGGAUCAGCAACCUGUCCAGAGAUACCAAACUGAUAGUAGUGGUCCGCAACCCCGUGACCAGAGCCAUCUCGGACUACACACAGACUCUGUCCAAGAAACCAGACAUACCCAGUUUCGAGGACCUGGCCUUCAACAACCGGAGCCUGGGGCUGGUGGAUACCUCCUGGAACGCUAUCCGCAUCGGGAUGUAUGUCCUCCACCUGGAGAACUGGCUGCAGUACUUCCCCCUGUCCCAGAUCCACUUCGUGAGUGGGGAGAGGCUCAUCACCGACCCGGCCGGGGAACUGGGAAGAAUCCAGGACUUCCUGGGCCUCAAAAGGAUUGUGACCGACAAGCAUUUCUACUUCAACAAGACAAAAGGGUUCCCCUGCUUGAAGAAGCCAGAGAGCAGCAGCUUACCACGUUGCCUUGGCAAAUCGAAAGGCAGAACUCACGUCCAGAUAGACCAGGAGGUCAUUGAGCAGCUCAGAGACUUUUAUAGGCCCUAUAACUUUAGAUUUUAUGAAAUGGUUGGGCACAAUUUUAGGUGGGACUAGUUUUGAGGGUAUGUAGCUGUACAGUGCAGAAUAUUAAAUUAAAAUGACGUCUUCCAUUCAAGUCUGGAUUAUGUCACCUAGUCACAGGCAUGACUGCUGGCUCCCCACGAUCAUAUAUUAGGAGUCUUCUGGUGCAAUAUGAAUAGUAAUUGACUGGUGAAUUAUGAUUAAGGCAACAGCAAUUAGCUUAUAUUAACUAAUGUAAAAACAAAUUAAAAAAUCAACUAAAUAAAAUAUUUAAAAAAACACUUCAGUGCAUCACAGCAGCUCCUAAUUCAAGGCAUGAAACCAAGGUGUUAUUAUUAUUAUUAUUAUUAUUAUUAUUAUUAUUUUUUAU